GCCGCCCCCGGCGCUGGGGCCGGGCCGGGCGCCGGAGGAGGCGGGGGCAGCAGCGAGACCUGCCCUGAGCGAGCGAAGGAAACUUCUUAAAGUCCCGCCGCCUCCUGGCGCCCUCAGCAGACACGGCGGAGCAGCAUGGCCCGGCUCGGCGUGUGCUGCUGCUGCUGGGGGCUCGUCCUGCUGUGGGCGGCGGCAGGGGGCCGAGCAGAAAUCCGCUAUGCAACUGUGUACUGGAAUAAAGCUGAGAAAACACUUCAGGUCAAGAAUAUACUGGACAGAAGAGGAGAUGCCUAUGGUUUCUACAACAACACUAUACAGAAGACAGGUUGGGGAGUUCUGGAGAUCAAAGCAGGCUAUGGCAGUCACACCUUAAGCAAUGAAGAUAUCAUGUAUGCAUCUGGCUUUUUGGAAGGGUAUCUCACAGCUCCGCAUAUGUACGACCAUGCUGCAAAUAUGUAUCCGCAAUUAAUUAAGAAUCCCACCGUUCGAAGUGGAGUUCAGGAUUUUAUGGCGAAACAAGAUCAAUGGACAAGACAACAAAUCAGAAAUAAUAAAGAUGACCCCUUUUGGAGGCAUGCUGGCUAUAUUAUUGCGCAGUUGGAUGGUCUGUACAUGGGAGCCCUCGAGUGGGCUAAACUACACAAACAAACACCAAUGAGCCUCUUUGAUGUCCAUUUUCUAAAUGCAGUUGGAGACCUGCUGGACCUCAUUCCUGCAUUAUUUGAGUAUUCUGCACGGAGUGGACAAUGCAAUGUGGAGCCAGGUGGCCAUGGGAAGUAUCAGUGGGAUAUGGGUCACUGCUCUGCUCUUAUCAAGGUUCUGCCUGGAUAUGAGAACAUAUAUUUUGCCCAUUCCAGCUGGUUUACAUAUGCAGCCACAUUGAGAAUAUAUAAACAUUGGAACUUCAAUAUCGUUGAUCCAGAUACUAAAACCAGCCGUCUCUCAUUCAGCAGUUACCCAGGCUUUUUGGUGUCCCUGGAUGACUUUUACAUACUAGGCAGUGGCUUGAUAAUGUUGCAGACUACCAACAGUGUGUUCAACCAAACCCUCCUUAAGCAAGUGGUGCCUGAAACCCUGCUUGCUUGGCAGAGGGUCCGUAUUGCUAACAUGAUGGCAGACAGCGGCAAAACUUGGGCAGAAAUUUUCUCAAAGUGCAACUCUGGGACCUACAACAACCAGUACAUGGUGCUGGACCUGAAGAAGGUCAAGCUGCAGAAGAGCCUUGAUGAUGGUGCAUUGUACAUUGUUGAACAGAUCCCAACCCUUGUGGAAUAUUCUGAUCAAACAAAUGUUCUCCGGAAAGGUUACUGGCCUUCAUACAAUAUCCCUUUCCAUGAAAAGAUUUACAAUCUCAGUGGGUAUGCAGUGUAUGUUGAGAAGUAUGGCCUGGACUUCUCUUAUGAGCUUGCUCCAAGAGCAAAAAUCUUCCGGCGAGACCAGGGCAAAGUGACCGACUUGGAAAGCAUGAAGUACAUCAUGAGAUACAACAACUACCAGCAUGAUCCUUAUGCUGAACACAAUCCUUGCAACACCAUUUGCUGCCGGGAAGACUUGAAUCCUUCUUUUCCAGUGCCUGCAGGCUGCUAUGACUCCAAGGUGUCAGAUUUCCGCCUGGCUUCAGCUUUCACAGCUACUGCAAUCAACGGCCCCCCAGUACAGGGUGGGCUCCCUGUCUUCACCUGGAGACGGUUUAACUACACACGACACCAGGGCCUGCCAGAAUUGUACAACUUUCAUUUUGUCACCAUGAGGCCAAUCCUGUAAAAUCGGCAUUGAUAAUCCAAAAUGGGAUAUUUUUUUUUUCACAGAAAUUUUAAUUUCCUUGUAUAAUAAAUCCCCUGGGAUGUCCACAUACCUGGGCCUCACCUGCUUUCCCUGUCCUGCCUGCUAGGCAUGUUGUUCUGAGAUUGGCCACCUCUGUGCAGCCCAAUGUUUGUGCUGAUCCAGAACUUCUGAGCUAUUUGGGUGUCUGUUCCUCUGAUCAGGAUUGAUGAGAAGGUCAUGUAGAGGUCUACAGGCAUGGCACUGCCUUUUGGUUAUCUGAGCCGUCAUCAUAGUUAUUCCCAGAGCAUGAGUGAACUGCUGUGAUUUGACAAAGUGCUCUAUGGUAGCAACGUAGGACCUGCCUUCUGGGAUGGGCCAGGCCAGGUUUGGGGCCCUGGUAGCUUUUUCUCUGUGCUUGGCUUGAUGUUGCUCUUGAGCAGCGCAGGUGAGAACUGUGGUGAAUGGUUUAUCAUCCAGGAAUGUUAUUAGCAAAGCAAGUAGGCCAUGACAUAUUGCACCUUGCUCUCCAUGGCAGACGAGUGAGCUCUUUGUUUGCAGGGCACUGCUUUCAGUCGCUUUUGCAAAAUUUCUUUUGUUGUCUCAAGUACAAAGGUCAGGCUUUGAACGAUAGUGAAGGGACGUGCUGACAGGGGGGCGCCCGGUGAUUUCUGCAAGCAGCCUGGUUCUUUUGGAAACACCAUUGGUGGUUGUUGGGAGGUGUGUGUGCGCAUGUGUAUGUGUAACUGACCUUUCGGCAUUUCAAUAACUUCAUCUUGAAUUUGGCUGAGAUCAUGCCUGCAGUGGGACCUAUGGGAUCCCCGGAGUGUUCUGCAAUCUGCUCAAAAGCUGAGAGGGAGAGUGACUGUGUGUGCGUGCGCACAUACACGCACACUUGUCUGUGUGAUUUUCUAGCUGUCCCACUCAGUUGCUCAGUGACUUUUCUGCCUGCUUCCUCAGUCAUGGAAGUGGCACGUGCCUAGGGGAUGGCUGUGAAGGCCAGGGCUGUACCUGUAUGUUUUAUUAGCUGUAUAUUUACAUCAAGGAGUCACUGGGCUGUUUUGUGCUAGAUGUUGUACAUGUAAUUAAGAAAGCAAAACAAAAUAAACAGCUCUACCCGUG